AUGGCUGACACAAAUACGCCCGCGCCGGCAGAGAAAGAAGCCAAACUGGUCGCUGAAGCCCAGCCAUCAAAGCCCGAGGAAGUCACAAAAAAGCCGCCUACACAGGGGGAAGAGGAAGAAUCAGACUGGGAAGAGCUUGACGAUGUGCUGGAUGACUUCUCUGCGGCAAAGAAUACCUCCCAACCUACACAAGAUAAAACAAUACCGGAGUCUCAGGGGAAACAAGCGGAUUUAAAUCCAGAACUAUCAACCGCUGACCAGGAUGCGCUAUUAAAACAACUAGAGGCUGGGAUGGCUGAAUUGAUGGGCAAUCUCCCCACAGAUGCGAGCGGGCAGACCAAAGAUGGAGACUCUUCAAAGGAGAAGAUAAGCGAUAUACCAGGGAUGCCGCAAUUUCCAGGAAACGAAGACUGGAAUGCGCUUACUGAAGAGCUGGAGAAGAAAGGGUUUACAAUGGCAGAUGUGAUGAAGCUUAUGAUGGGCGAAGAGUUGAUGACAGGCGGUGAAGGCAUCCCUGGGAUAGACGGUUCAACAGAUACAGGUAAACCAUCAAGCACGGAAAAGCAGCCAUCACCACCCUCGACGAAGAAGGGAGAGGAUAACUUCCAAGACACGAUUCAGAAGACGAUGGAACGAAUGCAAGAGUCGGGUGACAAAGCUACUGCCGAAGUCAACGAAAGCGGAAAUGAUGAUAUGUUGAUGCAGAUUCUCAAGGCAAUGGAAAGCAGUGGCUUUGCUGGCGCUGGCGAAGGGGACGAUGGGAACCUAGACAAGCUUUUCAUGGGGAUCAUGGAACAAUUGUCAAAUAAGGAAAUGUUGUAUGAGCCUUUGAAGGAGCUUGAUGACAAGUUUGGCCCUUGGUUGAAAGAGAACAAGGAUAAGGCAGGGAAGGAAGACCUGGAGAGAUAUGAAUUGCAGGCUUCUUUGGUAUCCGAUAUCGUCAAGAAGUUUGAAGAGAAGAAUUUCUCAGAUGAUAAACCCGAGGACAGAGCUUAUAUCUGGGAUAAGAUGCAAAAGAUGCAAUCCGCUGGAAGCCCUCCAGACGAUCUCAUAUCAGGUCCAUUUAUGGACGAAUCCAAACUCCAGGCACUUGGUCAAGACGGGUGCGCGCAGCAAUGA